AACCCCAACCCUCACACACACAGGGAGCUCCACCGCCGCCGCAGCAGCCAUGGGACGCGUCCGCACCAAAACCGUGAAGAAGUCCUCCCGCCAAGUCAUCGAGCGGUACUACUCCCGCAUGACCCUCGACUUCCACACUAACAAGAAGGUCCUGGAAGAAGUCGCCAUCAUCCCAUCGAAGCGCCUCCGCAACAAGAUCGCCGGAUUCUCGACCCAUCUCAUGAAGCGCAUCCAGAAGGGCCCCGUCCGCGGCAUCUCCCUCAAGCUUCAGGAGGAGGAGCGCGAGCGCCGCAUGGACUUCGUCCCCGAUGAGUCUGCCAUCAAGACUGACGACAUCGCCGUCGACAAGGAGACUCUUGACAUGCUCACUGCUCUCGGCAUGGGUGAUAUUCCCGGUGUCAGGGUCGAAUCCACUGAUCUGCAGGCUGCUCCGGUCGGGUACGGCCGCGGCGGGCCCAGGAGGUACUAGGAACUGGACCGGAGAGUUGUGUCUUUGGUUUUUUUUUUUUGAUGUUAUAGUACAUUUGGUUUUCGGAUUAGGAACUGUUGUCUAAUUUGCUAUGCUUUUUUGAGUUUGGAUUAUGAACUGGUGCUUUGUUGUUUAUGCGAAUUUCUGUUCUGGAUUAAGAUUUUGAAGCAUGCGGAUUUAUAUUUAUGGUGCUG